AUGAGCUGGGCGCUGAUGAGGAACCCAGAAGGCUUGAACUGCGACGUCUUCAUCAGCCACGCAUGGAAAGAGGGCAUCUAUGAGUUCAUCUGCAAGGUCCUGCACUCCUGGCCUCGAUCGGCUCGCAAUGCUUGGUGCUGCAUGCUGGCGAAUCCUCAGCAUCUUGACAUCGGAGCACUACUCCAGGCUCCAAAGAACUCUCCUUUUGCCCUGGCCCUUCAGGAAUCUUCAUGUGUCCUCGUGGUGCCGAACCGGCACAGCAGCGUCUACACCAGGCUCUGGUGCGCCUACGAAGCUUAUGUCGCCUCAGAAGCUGGCAAGGAGAUUCUCAUUGCCAGGGCCUCCAUUCGGCAGCAGGUCCUGCAUUCCUUGCUCUACCUUGGUGCAGCGGCCACGUUGGGCAUUCUUUUGGGCUUUCUGGCGCGCCUGCUCUUAUCUCGCCUGAGCUCUGUCUUCUUGAUCCUCGCCUUUGGGGCCGCGCUCUGCAGCUCGAUUAUACAGAGCGAUCGCGCGCGCAUGGCGCUGAACUGCGUGGGUGAAAUGGCCUGCGGCUUCUCGAUCGUGAACUGGAGCACGGUGCACCCCUGGCUGCCACUGCAGGACCUCCCAGGCCUGGUCCCCAUCAUUGAGCAGAGAUUCAUCUGGCUCGUCGGCAUCAGCUUGUUCUGCAUGAUGGAGGCUGACCGCAUCAACAGCCAGGCCACGCGGAUAGCGGCUGCGGAGCUACUGCAGGGCUACGAGGACCAGGGCUCGGUGGAGUAUGCAGAGUGUUCCCGCGACGCAGACGCCCUGAGCAUCCGCGCUGAGAUCGGCGACAAGUUUGGUGAGGUGGAUUACGCCAUCCACGUGCUGCUCCGCGCGGGAAUUUCUACUCCGGCACUACGCGACAUUGCACGGGCAGGUGUCGACGUUGAGAGCGCGGCCCACUCGGAUGUCACGAUCCCCUUCUUGUUUCUGAUGCCACUGAAUGUCUUCACGCUGGUGGAGAUGUUUCUGGAUGCCUUCUUCCUACGAAGCGAGUGGUUCUACGCCAUCAUCCAGGGCUUUUCCUUCCUCUCGCGGGUCGUGUUGCUCUUCCUACUUUUUCGGCGCCCCGUCGACGAUCGCUGUUUCAUCUUGAAGAUGAUCACGAAGACGGUGGCUGUCCUCAUUGUGCUUGUCUGCCCCAACCUGGUGCUGGCGGAGCUGGACCUGCGACUAGUCCCCAGGUCGGUCCUGAGAGCUUGGUUCUCUCUCCCCAUCGCCUCCUUCAUCGCCCUCCUGGGCCUCGCGUUGUUGGGACUCCGAGGUACGGCCGCGCUGCCGGGCGGCCUCUGCCUGCUGCAGCUCUUCUUGGCCCGCGGCUGCCGAGCCCUACGGGGGCUCAGUGGCCUGGCCACGAAGUCCAAGUACGCCAGCACGGACUCAUCUCCUGACACGGCGUCCUCCGGGUCGUGA